AUGGAGGCUGCAACCGUCGCAGCGGACUUUGAAAAGCUAUUCCGUCUAACUCGUGUCGCAGCAGGAAAGAGGCAGACAUCAGAUCCAUUGUUGCGUAGCACCACAGGCCAACUUAUUCAGGGAACCGAGCAAAAAAUGCAAAGCGUCACCUUGGCACGUUUCGGUACUAUNCCACGAUCCGCCAAUAAACGUCUACGACUCCCACGAGUGUUUUUGUCUACCUCGGACAACGAGACACUAGGAGGUCGCGCGCAUAUUGAGACUCGUAAGAAGACAUACUGGCAAGCUGUCAACGCCGGUUAG